ACUCCUUCAACAUGUACGUUGAACUGUGUCUAUCUUCCAUAUGAUCGAGCUGUAUGUUAACCUCGUGUAGAAAUAUCUCCUGGACAAGUGGUUAUGGUAAGAUCUUACUUUUACUUCUUAGAAAUUUUAAAAGAAUUACGGACGUAAUAAGCAGCUAAACGCUAUAAAUUCUUCCUCAAUAUUCUGUGUUGACAGAUGAGUUCACAAGUCAUUUCCUAAUCAAAAGGAAACAUGAUUUGUGAAGUAGUAUUUUCGUUCUCCUUUCGCUUUCUUAUGAGUUAUGAUGUAUCGUUUAAUGUUACAAUGUUAGUAUAUUGAGAUUUGAGUUGAUUGCUGAGAGUACUUCAGGUGAAAAUACUCGGUUCGUGCCGUGAAGUAGGACGCUUAUAAGCACUUCAUUUUGUAAACAAAACAUAGAUCUCGACGUAGGCAAUAGUCUUAUAUUGCAGAAAUGAAAUACCAUAUAGUAUUGCAGCAUUGUUUGAACAGUUAAGUUGCGAAUCAGUUAAGGAAAGCCUACGUGUGUAAUAUCAUAUAAAGUAGGUGGUCGUUCGGUUGCCUCGUGUAAGAUAGGAUGAGAGGGCGAAGACGAAGAACCGCCGUCUCAUGCCGUGUGACAGACGCUGCGAAAUCAGUUAAGACUUAGUUAAGCCAGAGUUUCUUUGUUAAUAUUUAUUUUGUUGCGACUUGGAAAAAGCAUUUUUAUAAUCUACUGGUAAUAAAUAUGUCUUUCUAAACCUCAUAAUUUAUAAAAGCAAAAGUACGUUCUAGUUCGGUAGUUUGAACAAUUGUAUUCUGUAAGUGUUCCCUGCUGUGACAAUAAACUCAAGGAACGUGGGCUGCCUGUAGUUAUAAAUUCCACGAGUGCUAUUGCAGAGGAUUAAUUUGUCACACUAGACUGUCAAAGGCCCAAAGGUCAAUAAUACUUGGAUUAUCUUUUUAUCAAAUAAAUGUCAAAUAGUAUAAUGAAUUGUGGUUGCCUGGCCACCGAACCAAUAUCAAAUCCCAACCGCUUUGUCUCCCCAGUCUCAAGCUACCUGAUGAGAAAUUCAAUUACUGAAUUGAUCACAACAGUUGAAAUCCACCCAAUUUUAAAGCAUUAUUAGGAAGCAUUCCUCCUCAAUAACUCUUACUUCUUCACUUGUUAUUGGCAUUGACUUGCCAAAACUUUUCUAGGAUUAGCAUAUACUGAAACUCCGCAUCCAUGGCUUCAGCACUGCCCUCCCUUAGUGGUGCUACCCUUUUGCCUUGAUCAACUGUUGCACUUGCAAGGGUGUCAAUCCAUCCCAAAAAUUGGGGGGGGGGGACGGACUCCAAACUAGGAAGGUCCGGAGGUAUGCUACCCGAAAUUUUGGUAUACUGAAACGGCAUUCCAGCGUUUUGGAGGCACUUAUAAAGUUUUAUUUUAUAGUAGAGAGUGAGAUACUGAAAAAUACACAGUGAAAUAUUUUCCAUAUAUUCACUUGUGAAGAUAUCGAUCACGUGACUUUUUCCAAUUUGCUUUUGAGCGUGAAAUUUCACAAUCUUUUUGCUUGGGACUAUAUGCAGGGUGUAUAAAAAAAAACUGAACAGAUUUGAAGUUGCUCUCAAUUUUGCAAAACAGCUAUUAGUAUCCAGUUUUUUAUGUAUAUAGCUUCUUUGAUAAUGUAGAAUAAUGAAAAAAAUUUUCGAACUCGGAUUUUGUGAACCAGGGGUGUGUGUUUUUUCCAACAAACUAAAAAUGGCUUGCGCGCGAAAUUUAAAAGCUUCAAUCAUAUUUUGAGAAAAUAGAUUAUUAUUAUUAUUAUUCAAUGAAGUAUUCCCGGAGAGGGUUUUUCAAUACCUAUUUACAGAACGAGUAGUUAUAUUAAAAUUCCUAUUUAUAGCGUUUAUUAAAAUCUAUUUGUCUAUAUUUAUCACGAUCUAUAUUUAUAUACGAUCAGAAGUAUAUUUACAUAUUUAUCAUUUAUUUAAAAUCUAUUAAAUCUAUAAUAUCAGAAAAUGUAAUUAAUUGUUGUUUAGCAUCUUCUACUUUAACUCAGUUUUAAAUUCGGCCAAGGUAACUUUUUAAGGUCUUCAUCCAAGUCAUUCCAUAACUUCACCGCUCUGUAAUAAAAGGUUCUUUGUCCUGAAACUGUUUUGUGUUAAGGGAUGUGUAGCGCUUUAUUAUUCCUUGUAUUUAGAUCGUGAAUUUCAUUUCUUUUUAUAAAUAAUUUGGAUCAGUAGAUAAGGUGGUGCUAAUCAGUUCAUACAUUUGUAUCAGUAUUAGUGUCUCUCUAUAUUUUAAGUGUUCCUCCACAGGAAGCCAGCGAAUUGCCCGUAGUGCUCGUGUUACAUGAUCAUAUCUUCCAGUAUAUUUGUCAAUAUCCUACAAGCAAAAUUCUGUACUGCUCUCAAUUUCUUUAUAUUUGUUGCAGAAGCUAGUGUUUGACCAUACUGUAGAGCAAUAAUAAAGUUUGGUCAUUAAUAAAGCAUUGAUAAUUAAGCGAAGACUAUCCCUAUCAAAGCUAUCCUUUACUCUGUUUAUCUGACACAGCUUGGCCAUACAAGAUGAUACAACAUUUUUGAUAUGGUAAUCGUAUGUCAGAUAACUGUCUAUGGUUAAUCCCAGCCGAGGUCUUUGGCAUUUGUGGUUGGUGUAAUCUCUUCUCCAAGAAAUGUAAUUGUCGUCUCCUCAAGGAGCUUACCGAGCAGUUGACGAGUUCCUAUCAAGAGUAACUUUGUCUUCUCGGGGUUUAUCAACAGUUUAUUUUCGAAAAACCAAGUUGCGACCAAUUUGAGGUCCUCCUCUAUCUUUGUUUUUGCAUUAGCAAUAUCUUCAAUUGGAAAUGACAUAAAGAUCUUAGAAUCAUCGACGAAUGAUUCCAACUCAGAUACUUGUGGUACUCUUGAGAGGUCAUUUAUAUAGAUGCAGAACAAUAACGGUGACAAUAUUGCAAUGAGGCACUCCGUGAGUGAUUAUUAAUUGGUAAAUAGAUGGCAAAUGUGUUGGGUUUUUAAUUACUGUACAAAAUUUCAGACAAUUUGCUUUAGUUUAAGUCCUUUAACUAUUCAUUUUUUUCUAAAAAGUCAGUCUUUCGCAUGCUUAAAUAAUGCCUUUACCUAAUUUGCAUAUUGCUGACAUAUGCAAAUUAGGCAAAGCACGGGCAAAGGCAUUAACUAGGCAUGCAUAUAGCUGAUUUUUAGGAAAAAAUGUAAGUUUGCGUGAAUAUUUAAAUGGCUUAAACUAAAGCAAGUUGUCUGAAAUUUUGUAUAGUAAUUAAAAACCCAACAACUUUUCCAUCUAUUAACUCAAAAUAUGAUUAAAGCUUUUAAAUUACGUGCGAAAGCCAUUUUUAGUUUGUUGGAAAAGACACACCCCUGGUUCGCAAAAUUUGAGUUCGAGAAAUUUUUUUCAUUAUUCUACAUUAUAAGUAUCCAAAGAAGCUAUGUACAUCAAAAACUGGAUACUAAUAGCUGUUUUGCGAAAUUGAGAGCAAAUUCAUAUCUGUUCAGUUUUUUUGAUACACUCUGUAUAAUAAACAGAACAUUACACGGUGGCUUGAAGAUAUGACUUUUAUCUUCUCGUGUUAAAAACAAUAUUUUACUGCUCGUAAAAUAGUGUUUUCACCACUCGAAAAUAAAAGUCAUAUCUUCGCACCGCCGUGUAAUAUCCUCUAUAUAUUACAAUGUGCAUGAUCUUAAAUCCAUUUUUAACCAGUGUGAGAAAUCCGCUAAAAACCAACUGAUGUCCUAGCCUGUAAACAGACGUUGCUCUCGACAAAACGCGCGCUUUGUCGAGAGCAAAGUCUGUUCACGGGCUAGGACAUGCAUGUCCUCACCUUUAUUUUAAUGAUCAAUAAUCUAUUAAAUUAACCAUUUCCCUUAUUUUGAUGAUAAUCAUCUAUUUAAGGGAAACUCAGUUAAAACAUAAUAAUUUUUAAGUAUUUACUAUUUUACAUUUGACAACUGUGAACAAUGUGGGCAGCAAAACGUUGUUCAAGCCUGUUUUCAACAGCAUGGCGUUUUUUGCUGUGUAGAUUAUUCUAUCUUUACAACCAUUGUGAUACUACUUUUUUUAACUGUGUUUAUCCUAACCCACACUGUGGGAGAAAACCGGAGCACCUGCAUGGAGAGAACCCACGACUUUCGGGACUUAAUAACUAUAUUAUCUGAAUACAUCUAAUCAAAAAUCAAAUGGGUAGCUAUCGUGGAUGGUGUCUUUAUUAUCCAUGGCAGCUAUAUAUACCACCCAAUUUGACCAUAUAAUUAUAAAUCAUAACAUACUACCUCUAACAUACUCAAUGCUCAUUUACUGUUUCAUAUCUUUGUCUAUCUUGUCUAUUUUUGUUCCUUAGUUGAUACGGUUUAAUUCAGUUGGUGUACUGUAAAGAACGAUAGCCGGUUCAACAUAAACAUAGCAGUGGAAUGUAUUCAGGUGUUGUGAUGAGACAAAAGACAAAACAAGAGACGUGUGCGGAGGAACACGAUUCAUUUCAUGAUAAGCGUAGAUUACUCUCGUACUGGAAAUCAUUGGACUCCUCUUCCUGUCCAGUCAACAAUGAAACUGGAAAUGACGUUAAGAAUGAACUUCUGGCAGAACUAAGAAAGUGUUUAACAGAAUUGGACGAUUUAGAUUCACUAUCGAACACCACAGAGCAAGAUGUAUCAUCUUUGCAAAAUGAACAGUUGAGCCUUCUAAAGCAGCUCGGAGAGUAUUCGGCGUAUUUUACACCAGGAACUUUGGAUUUAAAUGAUAAUUUAAACAGUAAUAACAAAGCUAUUGAUGCAUUAAGAGCAGAAAGGAAAUUGUUGCUAGAAGAAAAUGAAAAACUUGUAAAGCAGAUGGAAAAACAGAAAAAAGAAUACAAGUCUUCAAGUGGAGAACAGCAAAACGAUAUUGAAAAGUUGACAAGGGUAAAUAGUUAUCUUCUCAUACCUUUGAUUUGUUCAUUCAUGCGUCGCUUGAUGUCUUAGGUUUUCUUUUCAGGUUUUUUUAAUUUUUUUCGAGAGUUCUAUCUCUUGUUGCGGUAUUCGUCUUCUUGCAUGUUUUCAUCGCCUAUAGCACCUGCCUGAUUAACAUACUGUUGUUUCUCCUUUCCAUCUGAUAGUAUCUUUCUUACAGGAAGUUCAAAAUUUCAAUAUAUCCCGACGAAAACUGGAACGCGAGUUGCUUCAAAUAACGAAACAAAAGAACGAAAAUGAAGCUACGAUUAAUUCUCUUCGCCAGGAUAUGAAGGCUAUGAAAGAUUCGCAUGAAGCAGAAAUGAAGAGAUUAAGUAAUGUAAAUGAUCAGGUCUCGCAAGACAACAGUGAGUUGGUUGAGAAAGGCAAGGAAGCCACGGAGAGUCUAAAAAUUGCGCUUCAUCAGCUAACUGAAGAAAAGAAAGCAAUGCAAGGGCAGAAAAAAACUAGUUCUGGCAAAGACAUUCGGGAAAUUGAAGCUCCUUUAGAACGAGCUAAGAAAGAAAGGGAAGCAUUUCGACAACGAUGUGAAAAAAGCGAAAUACUUCAAAGGACUUUGCAAGAAGAAAUUUCAUCAUUGAAGAAGGAAGUGGAAGUAAAAGAAAAGCAACUAUCAAGGAGGUCUUAUAGAGAAGUCGUGGAUGGCGGGGAUGUCACGUCAUCUGUUGGAGAGAAAUCCACCUCGGAAGACGGAGAUGAGGGUCUUCAAGGUGGUCAGUCAAGGAUAUCUCAACUUAAAAAGCACGGGCAUAUCUUAGAAGAACGGAUCAAAGAGAAACACGAAACCAUCCUAUCGCUGCGGAAGGAGAAUGCACGAGCUAAUGAUAUCGCGAUGGAAAAAUCCUUGGAGCUUUCAAGGACUAGACGAAUUUUAGAACGGAAAAUUGAAAAACUAACAAACGAAAAUUAUGAAUUAAAAAAGAAGUUUUUGAUUCCGAGUAGUUCUUGCAUAAGGAAUAAAAACACAGGAAAUAAACAGGAGAGUCAGAAACAAUUAGAGCUUAAACAACGAGAAAGAAAUGACGAAGAAGUUCUGGAAAGAAGACAACGUAGGCGGUCUAAUCCUGAACGUUGGGCAAUUGAUGCAACAUUAAAACGUUUAAACAACGAAAACCCAUCGUCGGAUACCUAUAAUGAUACUUCUACUGGAACAAUAUCAAAAUUGAAGGGAAAUCAAGUUGAGAAGCCUGAUAAUCAAGAUUCGGGGAGGAGCACACUGAAUGUUCCACUUGAUGUUACUCCAAGGAGAAGAAUCGGUGGAAAAUUCAUUAGAGCAAGUUCAAAAAGACAUAGUGCUGACUUGGGGAAAUUAAUGUCAAGACCAGAACCAGUUAUUAACAAAAAAUCGGAAAGGUAAGUUCUGACAACAACAACAACGACAACGACAACGAAAACAACGACAACGACAACAACGGGAAUAACUGAAUUGUGGUGUGCAUACCUAGAAAAUGCCUAAUUUUACAAAGAAUGCCAAUGCUUAAAGGUCGAGACACACCGGACGCGAUUCAAGAACGCGGCGCGAUUCUUCGAUUUUAACUACCGAUAACUUUGAUCCUGGUUUAAGUUUUUCAAAUACUUAGAAGUGCUAUAACAUUUUGAGUUAUUUGGUCUGCAUAUCUUUUAAAAUUUCCUUUCACUGGUUGUUUUAUUAACUUUUAAAAACUGAAAAGUCUUAAAAACUAAAAAAUCGCUCCGCAUUGUCGAAUCGUGUCCGGUGUGUCUCAACGGUCGACCUUAAGUCUUUCUCCUCUUUCGCGUGUAACCUAAUAAAUAAGUUUGAAAACGGGUAACAGACUUGUAUAUACAGUGUAAGGUGUAAUUGUCGCCCAGUGUACCAAGAUUAUUGAGAGUGUCAUCCCGCAGCAUGUAAUUAGCUCGGCAAAUAAAUGAUUUAGCAUUUGGCUCACGAAAUAAUAAACACAUGUUGUGCAUAUUCAGUAUAGACUAUAUAUAGUAUUCAAGUAUAGAUCAGGAUUAACAUAAGUAACUGUUCUAACUUCUAAGAUUAUACAUUUAAGUUCAAUGACUAGGGCUGGCGAUGAACAUAAUUUGGGCGUGUGUUAGAGUAGAAAUAUUUCAAAAAGGCAUUUUGGGUGCAAGUACAUGAUUUAUAUAGGUGUAAGCUGUGGUGUAACUUUUUAGGAGGUUAAGGGAAGUAAAUCAGCUUAUUAUAUGUCUAAAUUGUGUUUUAUCUAGUGACAUGUUACUUGAAGAUGAACCUGCUACAAUUUUUAUCAAUAAAUAUCGUAAAAAAAGUGAAGAAGAAGAACACUGGGUAUAGCUUAUAAAGCGUCCAUGUACGUAUAGAGUGUACUGUCUUUUCAAUAUUUACACUACACGAAGUGGAAGGUCAUAGACAUAGCUGGUAGAGACGGUGGCAAUUAAAGUAAUUCUAGAAUAGUCAGUUCACACCAGGCAAGCCAAACUUGCUUAACUAUUGACACGAUGGAAAUCGCCGUUUACUAGUCCAACUCUCUACCAACUGAGCUACGCAGACAGUUCCGAAAUAUCACCUAUAUAUAUACUCGGACCGAUUGAUCUAUCUAUCAUGCAUAUAUGUCGUAGCGCAGUAGCGUCUUCUAGGCAAACUGAUAUCUAGCUAUUCAUUUUAAUUAUUUUAAUGGCAUUAUGAAUAUCUCUUAUUGUUCUGGCUUCCCUGAAAAAAUAUUUUUAACAUAUUUGAUAUAAAUGUUCGAACAUAUUUAUUUGGUAUUAUAUUGUAAUAUAAAAUAUCUCAUUCAUCUCACAAAACAAAAAUAAUGUAUAGGGGAUCUAUUAUGAGUUAUAGCGGUUAUAGGCGGUUUGGGCGCAUUUAAGAGGGCGGUUUUCGGAUAUAUCUCAGUCAAUUUUCAUACUUGCAUACAGAAAGUUAUCGGCAGCAAGCAGGCGCUCUUGCUUUAUAAAAUUAGUUUAGUUGAGGUUUCAGCUAGUUUUCCUCUUGAAGGUAGUAACACUGAAGUUAACUGAACCCUGCACUGAACCAAUAUGAAGGAUGGUCCAUCUUAUACUGGACCUUUAGGGAGAAGAAUUUAAAACUGAUUCACUGCUUGUAUCAGUAUACAGGGUGUAUAAAAAAAAACUGAACAGAUUUGAAAUUGCUCUCAAUAUCGCAAAACACCUAUUUGCAUCCAGUAUUUUAUAUAUGUAGUUUCUUUGGG